AAAAUUAAUUUAUUUGUAUAUAUAACAUGACAUAAUAAAUAAUAAGGAUGAGGAUGAAAGUUUAAAGUUUGAAUUGUUAAAAGUUGAAGAGGACAACUAAAAUUAUCAGUGAUUCAUGAAAAUAUAAAUAUAAUUUUGAACACUUAUCACACUACAUACAUCUACCGAUCGAGCAAUGUUAAAGAUCCAAGAAUUGUUCUCUAAAAGACCGUUUUGGGGACGGAAAUGGUAUGCAGUUAUCGCUUUAUUAGGUAUCGUGUCAAUUAUUUUAAUUCAACAAUUCUUAUUCGCAUCCUAUCUUCCUUUGGAUCAGAUAAAACAUAAUACAUAUUUGGAGGAAUUAGAUCAAAAUGUUAUGAAUAGGUGGUAUAAUUUUACCGACGGCGUUAAAUGGUAUAAUAAUAAGAUACAAUCACCAUCGAAUCCAACAAAUUGGCAGCAAUAUAUAACCGAUAUUCGACGAUAUUGGAUACUUUGGAAAUACAAUCCGAAUUAUUCGUAUAAUCUUGAAAAUCCAGAAAUCGAUGACCCAUCAAUGGGUCAAGCGAGUGUUAUCCGAAGAAUUUUCAAAGAUAAGAAAAAUGGUUUCUUCGUGGAAUGUGGUGCUUAUGAUGGAGAAACUCGAAGUAAUACUUUGGUAUUAGAACGAUUCUUUAAUUGGACUGGUCUUCUGAUAGAAGCAGAUCCUAUAAAUUUUAAUAAAAUGUUGAAGAAAAAUAGAAAAGCUUAUUUAACGCCGACAUGUCUUGCCAUUGAGCCAUAUCCCUCGGUGAAUUUCUUUUUAAUGGCAAACAACGUGGGUCGAUUACACGAGCCAAACGCUUCAGACAUUCAUUUACCAAAUUCUGCUGAUGUUGUCCACAAUGGCGUUCACAUUUCAGUUCAAUGUUUUCCUUUUAUAGAUUUAAUGUUUGCUCUUAAUGUAACUACUGUAAAUUAUUUCAGCCUUGAUAUAGAGGGCCAUGAGCUUCAGGUGUUAAAAACAAUUCCUUUUGACAUGAUAAAUAUAGAGACAUUUUCGGUGGAAUUCUCUCAUGUUGAAAAUGGUAAGAGAAAUUUGAUCGAUUUCAUGGAAUCAAAAGGUUAUUAUAUAUAUUCUUUGGUUGUGAGAUCUGACAAUUUGGCUCAUGAUAUAAUAUUUAUGAAAUAUGAUUAUGAGAAGUCUAAUUUGUUAAAAUAAUUUCGUUCUGAUCACGUUUUAUUUUGUGUUGCUUGAUCUAAAAUAUUUUGGUACAUCAUAAAUAAAAUAAUAUACUUUAAAGUUUUCUUUCAUUGUUGUAUUUAAAAUUAUUAUAUUUAAUUUUAUUUAAUUAUCAACUAUAUUGUUAAAUUAUAUAUCAUUAUAAUUAGAAUAUAUGAUAUAAAAUAUAUUUAUUUCAGUUCUUUA